GGCAGGCGCCCGCCAUUCUGCCCGGGCCGGGUCGUCGGCUUCGUUUGUAUGUUGGUUGGCGUGCAAAGUCCUCUGCUUUUUGUUCGGCGGGCUACCAAGGGCGCUGGGCAGAGAAGUAGCUGGCGCGGCCGGUGUUUCGUGUUGCCGCGGUCUCUCUAGCGUAUUGGCAUGCCCACCAACACGCCGUGGGCUGCGCCUGUGUUAGAUUAAAGCAGCCAGUACACCAAUCCGGGGGUUGGAAUGGGGUAGCGCCGCCCUCGUCGUUUGCUCCUAGUGUGCGUGGUUGCCAGCGAGGCAGGUUUCGCUUGCAGGCCCUUCCCGUCCUGAGUGCCCCGGUGUCGGCUUGCCUGCGUGAAGGCAAAUCUUAGCUUGCCGCCCGGACGAGGGUGGCGAGCUCAUCGACCCUAUGAGCAGCAGUGGCAGCAGCUAUGAGUCGCAAGAAAAGCUUGGCGCACCCAGCAC